AUGAUAAUUUUGAAUUUAUACAACCUAAUUUGGAUUUUUCUUGUAAUAGAAUGUCAGGAAAUCUCAAAAAAGUGCGUCUGUGGACAUGUUCGCGAUUAAAUUUAGUGUUAAAACUCAGGUUUUUGCAUUUGGGAAAAUGGGGUUUGUGUUUUAAGCUCUGCUCAGACCUACAUAUAAGAAAAUUUAGAAUAGAUCACAUGCAAAAAUUUUGCAGAGGAAGAUUGUAGAUUAGAGAAGUAAUGCGGCUUUUAUAUGGGUCAUUGUGUUAAUUUUGUUAACUGCCUAGUAUUCAACAAAGAUGAAUGCUAAAAAUCUUCUUAUAGAUGUGUUUCUGAUGGCGCAAUGUGUGUUGAGAUGUUGGAAUGUAAUAAUUACAAAACAGAGGUAGGAUGCGCAAAUUAAAAUUAAGAUGGAAAGUACUGUUUUUGGGUUUAGGAAAAGGAAAAAAAAUGUCGUGACGUAAUUUCAUGCGUAGAACUGCCAAAGUAUUUAUUGAGCCAUAUUAUGUGUAAAUAAGCUCUAGAUGGUUGUACCGUAAAUGAAUAGGGCUAUGGAUGCAUGGGAUAGAAGGAUUAGUGUACUUAAUACUAAAAUGAUUAUUAAUGCUUUGAGAGUAAACAAAAAUCUUAAAACUGCUUUUGGGAUUCAAAAAAUAGCAAAUGUGUUGAAAAAAUGUGUGAAAAUCUACCUUUUACUUAAGAUUAUGAGUGUAAAUCUUAAAUAAGUUAAUGUACUACAAAUGGAAUUCAUUGUGUUUAAAGAAAGUAAUGUAGUGAUGCUGAGAAUAAAUAUGGUUGUGUUACAGAUGCUUAAGGAAACAAAUGCGAAUAUCAUAAAAAUUAAUGUAAAAUCAAAAGUUGUGAAACUGCUUCGGAUUCCCUUUAAAAUUAUCAAUAAUGCUAAGAUUAUGACAAUAAACUAGAUUGUGUAACCUCUGAAAAUGGAGGAUGUAAAUAAAGACCAUAAACAUGCGAAGGUUAUGCUAAUUAAAUCGAUUGUUACUCUAUCGAAAUAUAGGAUUGUGUAUGGUAUAACAAUAAAUGUGAAAAAAGGGCAUGUAAUCAUGCUCCAAUUCAUUAUAGUCAAACAGAUUGUAAGAAAUAUGGAAAUUGUAUAGGUAAAGUUGGUGGUGGAUGUUAAGAGACACCAGAAUUCUGUGAAGAUAUUUUAUAAGAAGAAUUUUGUGAAUUUAAUUAUAUUAAACAAAGAUGUUUAUGGAUAAACGGGGUAUGCACAUAGUUUGAAUGUAAUAAAUUGAAAUUGCCAACUUACAACAAUCAUAAAUUAUGCUCAAAUAUAAGCUCAAGUUGCACAUUUAAUGUAGCUACUUUUGGUUGUACAGAUUAUAUAUGUGAAAAUAUUUAAGAAAUUGAUUUUUGCAAAAUUGAUUCUGCAGGAACUGUCUGUGCAAUUAAUUAAGGUUGCAUAGAAAAAAAAUGUAAAACUGCUCCACCAAAUUAUGGGAGCAAUUCAUAAUGUGAAGAGUGGUUACCAUAAUGCACUGUAAACGUGUAAUAAUUCUAAAAUUCAAAAAUAUUGAUUGGAUGUGUUGAUAAAAAGGAGGAAUGUUAAUUUGCUCUUGAAGAAUAAUGCAAGACUACAAUUUCAGGAAUGCAAUGUAAAUGGAAUAAAGCAGAUAAAAUUUGUAUUCCUUAAAUUUGCACAGAUGCAAAUCCUAAGGAAUAUUUAACAAAUAAAGAUUGCAACUCAUUUAAAGUUUUGGAGGGUACUUGCAUAAUAGGAAGCAGUGGCUUUGGAUGCCAUCUUUGGUCCAAUAGUUGCAAUGAGUUGAUAAGUUAAUAAUAGUGUGAAUUAAAUCUUCAAGAUGGAACCAAAUGUUUUUGGACUGGCACAAUAUGUAAACUGAUGGAAUGUUCAGAUGCUUCUAUCAUUAAUUAUAUCAAUAAUAUUGAAUGCAAUACUUGGCUUGAUUAUUGUAUCUUUAAUCCAAUAUUAGGAGGAUGCAUGAAGAGACCAAGUUCUGUGGAUUGCACAUCUUCUCCAAAUGAUAAUAUGUAUGAUACUCAUAUUGAAUGCUAAGCAUGGAAUCCUAAAUGCACUGUGAUCUCCUCUUUUAAUCCAGAAGGCUGUGAAUUAAAAAAGAAUAAUUGUUCUGAAUACAUCAGGCAAAGAAAUUGCAAAACUAAUUUGGCUGGUCAGCAAUGUUAUUGGGAUGAAUUCGACCAAAAAUGUAUGGGAGAGAAUGAUGAUAGUGAUUGUAGCAAGAAUAUUUAUGGAGAUCUAUCACAUUAAAAUUGUGAAAAUUUUCUAUAAAAAUGUACAGUAAGUAAUAUUACAAAUCGAACUUGUGUAUAACUUUCAAUUUACUGUGAUUAUAAAUUGGAAUAACAAUGUGUAAUCACAAAAUAUUAGUAACCCUGCAAAUGGGAUGCAAGAAAUAGAAUUUGUAAAGAUGUAUUGUGUAGUGAUAAUAUGACUGCUAAAACCGAGGCGGAAUGUUUAAAUUUUAGAAAGUUUAGCUAAUGUCAAUUAAAGAUUUAAUCUAAUGGGACUUAUGGGCCAGGAUGUGAGUUCAGACCACUCUAAUGUGAAUAGGUUACAAAUCCUACAAUAUGUAAAUUAACUUUAACAUAUUACAAUUCAAAAUGCUAUUAUUUUAAUUUUAGAUGUUAAUAUGUACCAUCUGAAUAUUGUGAAGUUAUUCAAGAUAGUAAAACAAAUGAGCUUUGUUAAUUAUAUAAUCCCAACUGUGUUCUAUAAUCAAGUGGAUAAGGAUGCUACUCCAUUUCCAGUUGUUUUGAUUUAUCGGGUAAUGUAUGUAAGAGUGCCAUAAUGAAAUAUAAUUAUAAGUGCUAAUAUUAUGACUAUUGUCGUCUUGAUAGUUAAUGCAGUGAUAAAUAUAUAUCAUAUAGUAAUUGUGACUACAAAAAAACAGGAAUCGGAUAAUUAUGUUAUUUAUAGAGGAGUUGUUAAUAUUAUUAUUAUUAUUAUAAAUAUUAUAGUAGAUGUUCUGAUUAUUGUAGUUUAAUUACUGAACCAAAAUACUUAUCAUUUUAAUCUUCAACAUCUGUUUCAGAUAGGGGCAAAUAAUGUUAAGACUACUCAUCAAAUUAUAUUUAUGAUACUAGUUGUUAUUGCUGUAAAAUUAUGAGUUAUUGCUCCCAACAAAAAGGAGGAUAAUAAUUAUGCAAUUCUUCAACUACAAUUUCAAAUUAAAGGUGUGGAUAUAAUUUUUAGGCUAAUGCUUGUGAGAAUAGAAAAUGUGAGCAUUUAACGUAUGUAAAUUAUCCCGUUCUUACAGAUUAAAUUUGUUUUGAUUGGAAAUAUGAUUGUAUUCUUGAUGCUACUGGUUGUAUAACUUAAACAGGAAAUUGUGAAUUAAUUAAAUUAAUUUAUCAAUGUUAUUAAUAUAAUUGCUAUUGGUAAGCUGGUAAAUGUGUAACUAAUGUUGAUUGCCAAAUUAAUACAACUGCUGUUACAACUCGUGAAUGCCUAUUAGUAAAUGCUAACUACUGCAAAUUUAAUUACACAAAAGGUUUAGGAUGCUCUUUUUUUGAUUGUACUCAUAUAAAAAAAGACACAAUAUGUACUUCAUCAAAUCUUAUUGAUGGAUAAAAUUGUCAAUGGGUAAAUGGCAAGUGUUCUUCUCUUACUUGCUUAGAUUACACUCUAUAAUCUGAGUGUGAAAGUAGUUAUGCCUCAAAUGGCUAUGCAAUCACUAAAUGUUUUUGGUGUUCAAUAAAUUCUAAAUGCUCCAAUAACAAAUAUUGCAAUUCAAUUAGUAUGGUUUCACCUAAAUCACAUUAGAAUUGUAAUGAUGUAGAUAGCUCGACUACGAUUCAUUUUAUAUCAAGUGAAAUAUGCAUUAUAAAAAAAUCACUCUGUUCAGAAUACACUUACGAAGAUGCCUGUUUUAGCACAAUUAAUGGUGUCGACUGUUAUUGGAAUGUUAGCGUUUGUUAAAAUGCAUGCCAAGCAAUAACUCCUACCCCUGCUACAAACCUAGAUUGCUUUAAUUGGAAUUCUAAUUGUAUGUUAAAUGAUCUUUCAUGCCAACUCUUAAAUUGCUCGCUUUUAUUAGGAUAAUCAGAAUGUCAUAUCUAUACUUCAAAAUGUUUUUGGAAUGGGUCACACUGCAUCACUAUCGGUGCUUGUAGUUUAUAUUCUACUAAUGCAUUAUGCUUAAAUAAAAGCAAUUUAGACGGAAUUCCUUGUUUCUGGCAUAGUACAUCAUGCCUAGAAAAAACCUGUUCAAAUAUACCUACUACACCAUCUUCUAAUGCGGAUUGCUAUAAUUGGCUCACUAAUUGUCAGUUUAAUACCAAUACCGGUUAGUGUGUAGAAGAUUGUACUACUGCUGAUACAUCAUAUAUCACCCAUACCCUAUGCGAAUCUUACUACUUUAACAAAAGCUGCACUGUCAAACUUGAUAUUAUUCAAUGUGUAGACCUUCCGAUUUCAUGUGAAUUAGCGAAAGAAGUACAAUGUUAUUAGGAUAGAUAUGGUCACUAAUGCUACUAUUCAAUAUCAAACCAAAAGUGCUUAAUAUUAUCAUGUUUAAAUUUAGAUGCAGAAUAUACAAGUCAUAGCAAAUGCAACUAAAGGUUUGAUUAAUGCACAGUAAAUAAUACCUUGGAUGGAUGCUAAAAAUUGAGUAAUUGCGAUAACUAUUCAAUUCAAGAAUAAUGUUAUUUUGAUUUCAACAAAAAGGAAUGUUAAUGGAUUUAGAGUCAAAAUAAAUGUACGAUAAAGGAUUGCUCAUCAGCCUAAUUAAAGAUAUAUACAGCAUAUAGUUGCCGUUAGUAUUUUGGUGAUUCGUGCUCUGUAAACAAAAAAUUGGAUGGAUGCGAAACUGGCUAAUUCUUUUGUAUGGAUUACAAUUAUGAACAAUGCAUAAGCGAAGGAUAAAUUAACUAAAACGGAGUAGAUUGUUUCUGGAAUGAGGAAAAAACUAUUUGUUAAGAACGGACAUGUGCAAAUGGACCUUCAAAUGCCUUAUCUCAUUCUGACUGUAUAAUUUUCCUUUCAACUUGUCAAAAAGGAGGUUGCCGUCGAAAAGGAUGUUAUGAUUUCAAUUAUGCAAUAGAUUCAGCCUGUGCAUCUAUAUUUGAAGAUAAAAGGUGUGUAACAAAUGGAGUUCGAUGUGGUUAAAGAAAGGACUGCGAAGAUGUAACUAUAAUAGAUGGAUGUACAUUUGAUAUUAAUUUAAAUGAAUGUAUUUGGAUUGAUGAAAAGUGCUAUACUAAAACCUGCGAGACUGCAUAGGUUGCCAUUAUUACAUCCGAAGAAUGCAAUUCAUAUUUACCAUAUUGUACAGUCAAAUAAGGUGGAGGAUGCACUAACAAGAAAAGUUGUAAGGAUUAUGAAUUCUAAGAAGCUUGUAAGACAGAUGGAGAGAAUUUUGAUUGUAUUUGGGAUAUCAAUAUAAGUAAAUGCUUCCCAGAUUAAUGUAUUAACUUCUGCGGUGAUGGCAUUGUUACAGGAUAGGAGGAAUAAUGUGAUGAUGGAAACUACUUCCCAUAUGAUGGUUGUUAUAAAUGUCAAGUUUAAUGCCCAUAAGGAUGCAAUAUGUGUAAUGGCAUGUAGUGUUAAGAAUGCAACAAGGACGGGUGGUAUUUGUUAGAAGGUGUUUGUACUUCAAAAUGUGGAGAUGGUUUUGCAGUAGGGAAUGAAUAAUGUGAUGAUGGAAAUAACAUUUAAUUUGAUGGCUGUUAUUAGUGUUCUUAUUAGUGUGAUGAGAUGUGUUUAGAUUGCUUUCAAGGAUAAUGUAUUUUAUGUUAGGAGGGAUAUGUAGAGGAUGGGCAUCAAUGUCAUAAUAUUUGUGGAGAUGGAUAUUUGGUGUAAAAAUAGGAAUAAUGUGACGAUGGCAACCUUUAAAGUUCUGAUGGAUGCAAUGAAAUUUGCAUGGUUGAAAAAGAUUGGAUAUGCUCAACAGAAAAUAACAUAAGUUCUUGCUCGUAUGCAAUUCAACCUAAAAUUACAUUGAGCAAGUUAACAAAAACAGAUACAAGUUAUCAAGAGUUCAAAUUAUCAUUUUCUGAACCUGUGUGUUUAAAUGAAAAAGGCAUAAAUGAAGAGCAAUUUCUGUAGUUGAUUUUUAUUUAAAUAAUAAAUGGCAACGAUAAUGAAUAUGAUGUUGAAAUCAAAUCGAUGAUAUCUAUAACUACUGAAUUGGCAGAUGUUGCCUAUAAAAUAAUAAUCAACUUUAAAACCACUGUUAGAAAUCCUGUUUUAAAAGUUACUGUUAAUAAUGACAACAUAGUAAAUAGCUAAGGAAACUCUUUGCUCUCAAAGGAAUCAAAAUUGGAAUUUAGAUCCCCUUAGAAACUGUCAGCUGAUCAAAUGUUGCUUAUUUCUAGAACUUCCAUGCUGAGUAAGAUUGUAUUGUAUUCCAUUUUAGUUAUUAGUGGAAUUUCUUUUUUAUUUGGAAAUUUAGAGAUUUUAUGGAAUCUCCUUGAUCUUCUCUAAUAAUUAUCAUAUAUGAAAUAUCACAAUGUUGAAUUUCCAUAAAACCUAGAAGGUUAUUUUGAAGUCUUUUCUAUUGGCUCUUUUACCCCAAUCUUUGAUUAAAUUCAAAUAGAUCAAAAUUUACAAGGAUUUUUUAAUUUUUAAACUCCAAUCAUCUUAGCUAAGUGGAAAUUUGGAUACUAUUAAGUUAAUUGUUACUUUUUGUAAAACUUUGAAACUCUUUUAAUCAUGUUAAUGUUGGGAUUUACUUAUUUUAUACUUUCUUAUUUAUUCUAAAAAUUUCUCUCUUUUAUCAAAUAUUACAAUUGGGCAUCUGUUCAUCAGAAUGCUUUUUUCUACAAAGUAACUAAAUUUACCUUUUUCAUUUAGAGGGUGGCACGAAAAUAUUAUUAGUAUUUUAUUUACUCUGGAUUAAUCAGAAUUUUUACAUCUAACUUUUAUGAAUUGACAUAUGCAUCUAUUUUAUAAUUGGUAAAUUUUAAUUUCGAGACCAGUUUAAACACAAUAAUAUUCUAUUUAGCUCUUAUUACAUUGAUCUGCAAUGUAGUCCUACCUUGCAGCAUUUUUUUAUAUUUAAGCUAAAAAAAGGCAGUUUCUAAAAAGUUAUCUGUAUUAGUGGAGGGAAUUAAGAACCAAAAAAAUUAAAGAUCUAAAUAAUAUUUUACUAUUGUGUUGAUAAAAAAAACUUUAUUCAUUGUAAAUUUAGUUGUGAUGUAAGGUCUUGUUGAGGCUUAAUGUCUUAUUACAGCCUUUAUCUCAGGAGUAUUCUUUUGUUAUUGUUGCAUUUAUAAACCAUUUAAGAAUAAUUUUGAAAAUAUCAAAAUAAUACUAACUGAACUUUUGAUUAUGUUGAAUGUUUCAAUCUUUUCUUUAUAUGAAAUUUUGAAAUUAAAACAGGAUAAAGAGUCGGCUGAAAAUGUUGGUUGGAUCAAUAUAAUCGGUUUCACACUGAUUCUUCUAUCAACUUUAGCCAUUGAUAUAUACCAAUCAUAUUUAUAACAUGCCUAGUCUAUAAUUACUGGAGUCAAGAAUUGCUUAAAGAGAAAUAAAAACAAAAUUUAAAAUUCUAGAAUACUGUUUUUUUGA